ACAGGCUGAGACUUAUGUUUAACCAUCGUUGGCACUCUUUGUUUGGUAUUUGUAAAAUGUGUGAUAAUUCAGAUGAUAUUCCUGAACAACAUAAAGGAAAGCGGUGAGCAAAUCCAGCCAAUUAUAAGCGGGUGAUGGGACGAGAAUAUGAGAACCAUGCUGGAUGUAAAAUUCCUUCUAAAUCCAUUGGCAUUGAUUGUCGGUGCAAAAAGAAAUGUUUGAAUGGUAUGAUAUCUGCAGAGAAUCAGCUGUCAGUCUUUAGCCAUUUCUAUAAUGAAUAUUCUUCAAAGGAUGAACAAGAUAUUUAUUUACAAGGCCUGAUGGACGUUGUAGAUGUGAAGAGGAGACGACCGCGAAAUGAUUCAGGGAAAGAAGGUAGACAACAUUCAUUUGUUUACCAUGUAAUGGUGGGCUCGGAGAGAAAAGAGGUAUGUGCAGCUGCAUUUCGUUCUGUUUUUGCUGUAAGUGAGAAGCGUGUCAGACGUUUACGGGCUUUAAAAGUUGAAGGUAAAAGUCCAGUUGAUAAACAGGGCAAACAUACUAGUUUCACUUUGCAUCCUGAUACCUGAUACCAAAAUAAAGGUGCAGGAACAUAUCGAGUCAUUUCCCGUUAACGAGAGCCAUUAACAGGAAAGCCAGUUCAAUAUCUUAGUGCUGAUUUGAAUGUUAAGAUCAUCUACAAGUUGCUUAAAGCCAAGUAUCCAAGCACUAAAAUCAGCUAUAGUUUCUAUUUUAAGUAUUUUAAAGACAACUUCAACUUGAGGUUUGGCCAGCCACAAGUUGACUGCUGCUGUGUCUGUGAGGAGCUUAAAGUGAAGUUGAAGUCCCCGUUUUUGAACGAUGCUGCAAAACGUGUUGCGGCUGCUGAGCUAGCUAUUCAUGCUCGACGAAGCAGAAAAUUUUACAAUGCCCUGAAGAAAGAAAAAGAGGAUGAAAAAAUGGUCACAACAAGAAUGAUCUCUCUGUUGCUUGUGAUUAUAUGCAGAACAUAGCCAUGCCAAAACUUCCUGUACAGGAACUUUUUUAUUUACGGCAGCUUUCUGUAAACGUCUUUUGUAUCCACAACAUAAAAACAAACAAGGCAGUAAUUUUUCUGUACCACGAGGGCCAGGCAAGAAAAGGGCCUGAUGAAGUAUGCUCUUUUAUCCUUCAUUACUUGAGUAGCAUCCCAGACCAGUACGAUGAAAUUCACUUGUACUCAGACAAUUGUUCGGGCCAGAAUAAAAAUCAUGCUGUACUGCAACAUGUUUGUUUUGACAGUUUAAUUAUUUAUUAUUAUUUACGAUUUAUUUUAUUUUUGUUUGCUCUAUGUAUAAUAUCAUUUAUUUUCAGAAACUGCAAUAUUUGGUUAUGUAUGUCUAUGAAAAAGUGAUUCUUUGGAUUUUUACCGGACUAUUUGAACGAGGUAUUGUUGAUACCCCUCUAAGGACUAAUGGACUUGAAGACUGUAAACGGUAAAAUUAACGCCGUAAUUUUAUUAUGUAAAUUAUAAUUUUUAAUAUUUAUGUAUUUAAAUUUUAAGUGAAAUUUUGUUAUCCGCGCAAUUGUUGCGUUCGGAGUUUACGUUUUCGGCAAGAAAUUAAGUGACUGAAACGGUCCUUUUGGCCAAUCACGGGCCACCAUUUAAAAGGGAGUCUUACUGGUUAUUUUGAGGAAACUAGUAAGAAAGAGAGUUCUACAAUGGCCAGCUGAAUGAGCGGCAACUUCGUGACGUCGGCGAUUUUAAAUCCUGAAAAUUAGCUAUCUAGCAUCAGGCAUCCCGGAUAGUGGAUGAUAAUUAUGAACCAUUAGGGAGUUCAGAAUACUUAAACAGGAUUUAUCUAAAAAGAUAAAUAUUAUAGGAGUGAUUAACGUGAGUAACAAAAGUGCCUAGAUUUUUUGUGCCCUAAUCUUAUGCACGAAUCACGAAAUUCCCGUUUUUACGUCACAUCGUCGCCGAAACUUAUUAUAAACAUUGAUUUCAUGAAUUAAAUUGACUUUAUAGCUGAUCUAAAUAAUACUUGGACAUAAAUUUUACGAAUUUACACAUUUAAUUAACAGACUCAGUGGUCCUAUAGAUGAGAGGCUCUGAGCUCUGCCGAUGAACUAUUUGAACCUAUCUAGCCGAGGUAAAUUGAUUUAAGUUCCCUAAAAACAUUAAUUAAAAACUGUGUAGUGUCAACGAACCCGAAUUAAGACUUUUGAAAAUAUUUAAAUGUGCGCAACAUAACUCCUGGUAAUUGAACUUUUAUUGAAUUACUAUGAUGUCACCGUUAAGUUAGGUUGUUGUUUUGGAUAUGAAUAAUAAUUAAAUAUAUUAAUAAGAUUGAAAUUUCGAAAUAGUUUUACAUUGGUAAUAAAAUAAUUCUAUAUUUAAUAUUCAAAGUGUUGUGUUGUGUUAUUUGUAAUUUCACCUACUCCAGUGUAUAUCUAUGUAUGUUCCAAAUCAAUCAAGUAACACCUAACUGUGAUUUACCUUAUAUCCACAUUGCCAGUGAAGAGUCACACAAUUAAGAAAUCUAAUUUAUUACACAGUUUUAUUCAGCCCAACGUUUUAGUGUGUGUGUGGGGCCUAUACAUAUAUCAACAUAGCAAUUGUGUGCGUGAGGGAAGAAGGGCUCGCACAUAUUUAUUUGGCUACCCUAGUGGGGCCUAUUUAUUACAAAAAAUAAAGCUUCAAAAAGUUCCCCCACAUACUAAUUUGGAGCCCAUACGGUGGGGCUCGAUUUUGAGGUUAAGGGACACCUCAACAAUUUUUUUUGUGUAAAUUCUGUACCAGCCAAGUACUGAGUGCAAGUGCACUAUUUGUGUAAAAUAUUAUCUGGUCAAUUGUUUCAUUGCACACCAUUAUGGCAGACGAGCAAAACAAAUACUUUCUUAGAGAAAGAUCACGGAGUGUAGGGGAAGAGUAUGCUGCUGCACAGACUUCAAGCAGUGAGUCGCAUCAUACAUCAUCUGCAGGGAAUUCACCUGUAGUCACCUGUGAGGAAAGGUUAGGGCGGCCCACAUCUCCCCUAAUCAUAGAGCAGGAAAACAUAAAUGACACUGUCCUACACACAAUUGCACCCCAGGAUAGCACUCCUACUCCACCACCAGUGACACUAGAGUCACUGAUGCAGAUCUUGCUGCAGACUAAUGCUCAAAUGAAGCAGACUGAUUCGAAAUUAGAGCAAAACAACACUGCUCUCACUGAAAAAUUAGAGCAAAAUAACACCAAUCUCACGGCUGAGUUGAGGGCUGGAUUGGAACAGACCAAUGCUGCCAUGGAACAGAACAAUGCCAGCCUAAGGAAUCUCGAGCACAGCAUCGAGGUUAGACUCUUACAACAACACGAGGAGAUUCAGCAGAUAGCCGAACAGGUCUCCCAGUACAACAGCAGGGUAGAUGGGUUGGAAUCCCACGUCACGUCCCUAAGGAACAUGAUGGCUAACGAGCACCGAGGGCAGGCCAAUGCCAGGGAAGAGGUGCGUGAGCACAUCCAACACCUAGAGAGCAGGCUCAGCGAUAUUGAGGUGGCCACAGCUACACUGAGGGACAGGUUUGAAAAUCUGUCUGUUCAACCAAGUCCUACAGCUGCAUCAGCUGUUAGUAUAGGCCAGGCCCAGGCAAGCGAGUGCCAUGGACCUACUGUUCCAACACUGCCCACCGCAAGCAAGCAACAGGGCGGCACCGAGUGCUACACUGAGCACCUGCCCCAGGAACCGUCGCGUGUCACCCCCAUCACUCAUCGGCCAAGUAGCAGGACGUUUGUAAACACGUCGAGUAUGGACCCUGCUACUCUGAUCCACCACCCGGCUAAGCAUUGGGCAGAGGCCAUGCCCACGUUUUCAGGAAGGGUUACCGAGAACCCUAUACGGUUCCUGAAACGUUUUGAGGAAUAUGCGGCCACGUUCAAUCUCAGCGAGACUGAGGUACUAAAGUGCCUCAACAGUGCGUUGAAAGGGCAGGCUUUCUACUGGUGGGAAAUGCUGAGUGCAACCACCAGUAGCUACAACCACUUCCAAGCCAUCUUCCGCCAGCAGUAUUGGAGUCUGCGGAUUCAGAGCAAUCUGCGUGCCCAGCUCCAUACUGAGAGGUAUGACCCCAGGAAGGGCACAACGCUGGAAGCCCACCUCUCAACAAUGUUUGAGAAAACUAGAUACCUCGACUUGCCCAUGACGGACGAGGAGUUCGUAGCGGCAAUACUCACUCAGUUGCCGCUGCGUUACCAAAAGCAGUUGUCCGGCCUGACGUACCGAGACGUCACAGAGUUCAGAGAGAGGCUCCUGAACUACGACAAGCUGGAGAAAAUGGACAGGACGCCAGCACCUAAGGAGGACCACGAGAGGGUGCCUCAGCAGAACCGCCAGCCACCCCUGAAUAACUACUGGCAAAACAGGGACAACAAGCCAAGGGACAACCGUCAGGCAGCUGUCCACACUAUGACGUGGCAACCCAAGGGCAGGGAGCAAAGCUCGUAUGGCCGUUACGCUGCGAGCCAACGCAAAGGCCCCUACAACAAGAGGAAGACCUGGUGGUCAAACGCAAGGAGCUACCAUAGCGACGAAGAGAUGUACCAGCGCAAGAGAAAGGACGACCGCAACGACAACCGCCGCCGUUCCUACUCGCCUGAAGUACGGCCUCCCAGGGAGUUCCGUGACCGACGCCCAAGAUCCUCGUCUGAAGACGAGAGAGAGUACGCGAGGAAGUACCGCAAGACGGAGGAACCUCGAUACCAGGGCCGGCACGAAGAAACCCAAAUGCCACCCCACCAUUAUUCCCCCCAGACGACAGAGAAUCAUGGCGGCCAAGCCCAUAAUAGCCAGUUCUCUGGAAACAAACACUACCAGAACGCAACGUUUCCGCCACCAUUCCAGGCGCAGCAUCCAGGACAUCAGGCUGCAUACUACCAGAGAGGGGAAGUGAACCCGGUUGCAGCCGAGUUCAAGGCUGCAGUGUCCAGCGUCGCAGGACCCAGUAAUUGGAACCACAACGAACAACAACAACGUGUUCCAGGUGGACGUGCCAACCAGGGCACGUUAAACUAGAACGGGUUUCAGUUGGAUCGCCCCGAACAGAAACCCACUAUUCAGGCUCAGGGGUACAAAACGACAAAUCUCCAAUCUACAGCUGCAUCAGUUACGAUAAAUUUAUAUGCACUGUUAUGCUAAGAGAAAGUGAAAGGGACUUUCUCUAUAAUGAAAAUGAUGAAAAUAGGGUUCAUCAAGUUUGUACAGUUUGUCCACAUGUGACAUUAAAAUUUGAAGAAUGCAAUGUGGAUGCAUUAAUUGACAGUGGCGCUGAAGUCACGUGUAUCAGUGAGGAGUUGGUGAACUACCUCGAACACCAAGGCAUAAUACUACCUAAGAUACCAGUACCAGCACUCAAGAUAAUUGGAGUGACAUCAAGGGCAAGCCCUAUUGUAAACAGACAGGUACUGAUAACAGUACACGGCCUAGGCAGACCAAAAGACAUGACUGCACUAGUUGUGAAAGGCCUAGCAAAACCGCUAAUAAUAGGCACCGACUUUCUAUCACAAUUUGGUAUAGUGAUAGAUUUCAAACUAUGUGAAAUUCAUUCAAAUGACUGUGAGACUCCAGUCACACUCACAGGCAAGUGGCAUGUGAGAGAAAGUUUUGUGGGAAUAUUGUACAGUGAACCUAUGCACAGGCACAUAUACAAUGCACAAGCAAGUGAGCAACUUCAGGCAUCACUUGAAGACAUAAGACAGUCACUACAGGAGGUGAAGAGUGUAUCACCCAGUCAGCUACAACAACUGUUUGGUGUACUGGCCAACUUUCAGUCAGUAUUCUCUGACAAGCCAGGCAGAAACAGAUUCUACCAAGCAAAAAUUAAAAUAAAA